AUGGUCGCUUCGACCAAAGGCGCGACGGGCCAAGUCAUCAAGGUCCACCCGCAACCGACGACCGAAGCAGCCCACCCCGAGACCCCCACCACCAUCACGUGCAAGGUCAGCGACGUGGCGGUUGCCGAGGUGGCCCCGCGCGACUGCGCGACCGCGCUGCAUGUCUGCUGCCACGGCCUCGUUUGCGUCAUGGCCGGGCAGUACUAUGGGUGGAACGCCGCCUUGGCGACCGGGUUCGUGCCCUACGUCGCGUCGCAGCUCGUCAUGAGCGCCACAUACGUCAUCUACAUGUCGUGCGCGGCCGAAAUCUGCGGCAAAAUCGCCUUCUCGGGUGGCACGUAUGGCUUGUCGCGGGUGACCUUGGGGUACUAUUGCGGCUACAUGGUCGGCUUUCUCGAGCUGCUGGAAUAUACCGCGUCGACUGCGGUCUCAGUCCUUUUCAUCGGCGAGCUCGUCACGGGCGAGCUCGGCUGGGACAAGCGCUGGGAGCCGUUGAUUUGGCUCGUUUGCUAUGCGUCCUUUGUUGCGUUUUACUCGCUUCCGGGACGCAUCAUGUGGAACGCCUCGAUCGCCUUGGCGCUGCUCUGCUACGCCCCGGCCGUGCUUUACAUUUUUGGGACCUUGAAAUUCGCCAACCUCGGUCAAUUUGGGUAUUUGUUAGACCCGGUCGAUAAUGCCACACAUGUCUGGGCCUCGGGGGAUAUUUCAAGUGCGUAUUUCGCAUGGCUGCCGUACACGACGUGGGCGUUCGCAGGUAUCGAGUGUCUCUCGCUCGUGACCGAUAUGACGACCACGCCCAAGACGACGAUUCCGCGCGGCAUCCUCGGCGCGGUCGCGCUUCUCUUUUUCUCCAACGUCGGGAUGGUGUGCCUCGUCCCAUCGCUGCCACCAGGGAUUGCCGCGGCGACAACGGCCUUGUACCCGCUCAACAACGGCCUUGCAAUGGCGUACGGUAUCUCCGCGUCGGUGGGUGCGUGGCUGCUCUUCCCCGCGCACAUGGGCAUGGCCGCGGGCUUUGUCCUUCCGUGUGGUCGACUGAUUCAAGCGCUGGCCGACUCGACGCUACUGCCACCGUGGCUCGGGCUCAAGAAUCUAGGACAUCGCGGACUAACUCGAGCGAUGGUUCUCUCGUGCGGCUUUGGCUACAUUUUGUGCCUUCUGAGCUACUUUAGCCGCGAAUUUUGCAGGGCGCUUCAAAAUAUGUUUCUUCUCGUCGGCUCCAUGUGCUAUGUUGCACAGCUGGUCGGCUUCAUCUUGCUCCGGACCACGUACAAGGCCGAGAGCAACGGGUUCAAAGCACCUUUUGGCUUGACCGGCGCGAUCUUUGCUAUGGUUGUCUAUGGUCUAUUGGCGCUUUCAAUCAUUGGUGGGUUUCAAAACGAUCAUGGCACGGCCGGGUUUGCUGCGCUCGGCUACUGCCUCGUGCUGACGGGGUACUACUACUAUGCGUGCAAGGACCGACAAACGAUCUCCAAGGACGAAUAUGCCUCGAUCUUUCGAUUUACAAUCAUCAAAUUCAACAAUCUUAAACGGAAAGCGGCGCGCGAGGCCAAGCGCAAGCGACAUUUCUGGCACAAGAUGGCGUCGAUGCUACGGUCCGCGUCGAAACAGGGCUCGACCAAUCGCGUCAGCUACGUCAACGUCGGCGUGCAUCAAGGAGGCCACAAGGCGCCGGCCCAUCCCGCGACACGAUAG